AUGCAGAAAAAGAAUUGUAAACCAUUUCAUCGGUAUUUUUGGGAAGGACAACAACUGAGUGAGAACGUGGCCAAGAGUGUGCCACCUGACGCGGAUUUUUUGGAUAAGAUCUUCAUAAAAUAUAGGAAAUAUGUUGCUUUCCUGCUGCCAUUCGGAAUUAUGCAGAUAAUUUGGUGGACCACUGCUUAUAGAUACAAUUGGUUUGCACUAUAUGAAACUAGAUGGCAAAUGCCUAUUGUGAUGUUUUUUGGCUCGACAGUUGCCGGUAUGACCUCCGAAGGUGGCGGAGCGGUAGCAUUUCCGGUCAUGACACUUCUCCUACAGAUAGACCCUUCUGUGGCUCGCGACUUUUCGCUGAUAAUCCAAUCAGCAGGAAUGACUUGCGCCAUGUGUGUGGUGCUAAUAAUGGAAAUACAGAUAGAAAAACGCGCCGUACUUUUUGGCACUAUCGGGUCUGUGCCCGGUUUCAUAGUAGGAUCAGUUUUCCUAGACCCAUACCUCACAUCGGCUGAAAAGAAGAUGCUCUUUGUCUCAAUAUGGUCAUCAUUCGCUGUCUCCUUAUAUAUCCUCAACUCGCAACACAAACGUCGUACAUACGAUGUCAUUCCUGAAUUUAAUCUCUGGAAAAUGGGCAUACUGGUAGUUACCGGGUUUGUUGGAGGCAUUUUCACUGCAUUUGCCGGCUCUGGUGUGGAUAUUUGCACAUUUUCGGUAAUCACAUUGCUGUUCCGAGUAUCAGAGAAGACAGCGACUCCUACUUCCGUGGUUUUGAUGGGUAUCAACACAGUGGUUGGCGUGUAUUGGCGAGCAGUUUGGGAAGGAGACGUACCGUCAGUGGCUUGGGAAUAUGCUGCUGUCAGUGUCCCAGUUGCUGUCACAAUGGCUCCCUUGGGAAGCUUUUUAGGUUCACAUAUGCAUAGACAGGUUCUGGCUGCAGCGAUUUACAUCCUAGAAGCUGCCGCUUUGAUCGGAUUUCUAUUAACAAAACCUUCCACAUUGCUUAUACUACAAGGAGCCGUGAUUAUUCUCAUGUCCUUCGCAUUCUUUACGGUAGUUGCCAGGCUGGGAGAAAAGCUCAUAGUUCAUGAUGUCGACCAUGUCAAGCAGAUCCCACAGAUCGACAACACUCAGGAGAGCAAGAUACCGUCGAACAUUCCAGAUCGUCCAGUAGAAGUAUGA